UAAGCGUGUAGCUUCUACCAGAUGCAUCGAUGCACGGAAACUACAAGUGAAAAACGCAAUCGAUAUAUCAAGAAUUUUGAGCAUCUGUCGAAGGCACUACAAAUCUCAAAAGCAGUGCAGACUCGCUAUCAAUUGAUACCGCAAUCAGCACUGAACAAAGUUGUGGUGGCUGGCAUUAGAGACACGAAACUCAUGAGUGCUACAUCAGAUGGCUUCGUCAUACGUGUUAACAACCCAAGCAUGAAAUCCCCUUACAAUCGAAUCUGCAUCGAUCCAAAUGGAGUACCCAGCAAAUUUAACACGCACAUCCCCGUGUCGGAAACGGUUGUACAAGCGGCUGCAAAGAUUCAAAAAGGCGUACAGGUCGCUGGAAAGGCGCUGUUCGUUGUAUCAAUCCUUGCCUCCGGAUAUCGAGUCAUUAACACAAUUCAGGACGAGCUCGAUAUCGACAGCCAAAUCGAAGCGUACGAGAAAAUCGUCUCUUGUCUCAAAGAGGAUCUAGAAAAUUGCAACGAGGAAGAAAGGACUGAAAAGAAGAAAGCGCUAGACUUUGCGAUGAGUCUUUUGGAAGAUGCCCGUGAUUGCAAAAGAAAUCCCGGCAAGAAGACGAUACUCACAAGUUUGUGCAUAGGCGGAGAAUGGGGUGGAGCGGCGGCGUUGGGUUACGCGGGGGCUCAAGGAGGCGCAGCGAUUGGGGCUUUUGGUGGCCCACUGUUGGGACUCGCAGGUGCUGUCACUGGUGGCGUUCUUGGUGGGGUAGCUGGUACAGAAUUGGGGGCAUCUGCCAUCGAGAACUUUCGUUGUGACGAAGACGGCAUUGCGAGCGAAGCAAAAGGCUCUCUGAUGUCGUUCGGGGAAAAUUCAAGGGUGGCGGCAGUCAACGCUAGUUUUUUUGCAGGCAAGGGCUUAGAAGUCGGCGCAAGUGCGGGCAUUUUUCAGAAGAAGGGAGAUGACGGAUCUCUUGACGUAGGGAAAAUUGGUGCCGAUUUCGGCAUCUCGAAUAAAGGUCUGGAUGCAAGGGUUGAAAUCAAACCAUACUGGUGUGAGGUGGAAGAAGACAAGUACAAGUACGCAACAGGUCUCAAUCUAGACACUGGCUUUCAGUGGUCAAAAGACCGUGCAGAAUUGUCAGUAUUCGGUUUCGGACUCAGUAAGGGAACAGAGGGUUUAUCUAUAAAAUUGCCAGUUUUCAAUUUCACAUGGAAAUAUUAG